AUGCCGACAGAGGAAAGAGUCAAUGAGAUGCGUGGGUACAAGGCCACGCUGAGCAACCCAAAAGUUUCACAAGAGGCAAAGCAGCAUGCACAAGCCAUGCUUAAUGAGCUCGGCGGUGAUCAGCCUCGUGAGGAAUUAUAUCAGGCAAGAGAUCAAAACAAAGACCCAACAAGGGUCUCAGCUGGGCUUAAAGCCGCGCAGCAUAAUCCUCUCGUGACGGAGGGCGGGAAGCAGAGGGCUGCUGAGAAGAUGGGACAGAGUGCCCCAGAGGAGUAG